UUGAGAGGAAUUACAAACGCUUCUAAAAUUUGCUUUUUUAGGCGACACGAUGCGCAAGAAUCUCAUGAGGGCGAGAAUUUCAAGGAAAUAAGCGAAUCUCUAAAGCUCUCUCGUCGUGUUUGGGAUCGUCUUUACAAGUACCAGAAGCAAGGUAUUGUAUGGCUUUCUGAAUUGCAUGAGCAAUAUGUCGGUGGCAUAUUAGCAGAUGAAAUGGGUCUUGGAAAGACUGUACAGGUGAUAGCUUUUCUUCGAGCGGUUGAUGAGUCCCAAAACGAUGAUAAAUAUAUGAAUUUCAUUGGGCUCGGACCGUCGUUGAUCAUUUGCCCAUCGACAUUACUUCGCCAGUGGGUGAGAGAAAUACACACAUGGAUGCCACUAUGCAGGGUAGCUAUACUACACUCCACUGGAAAUUUUAAAGGUUCACGACGUGCUCUGGUCUCAAAAAUGGCAACAAAUAGGAAAGGUGGAUCAAUCCUUGUCACUACCUACUCAACGUUCCAAAAACACAAAAACUUGUUGUUGCCACAGUCUUGGCACUAUGUGGUAUUAGACGAGGGUCACAAAAUUAGGAAUCCAAAAACUCGGAUUUCGGAGACUGUUAAGCAGCUUCAUACACCAUGUCGUCUUGUUCUUAGUGGAACACCGCUUCAAAAUUCUCUUACUGAAAUAUGGUCACUAAUGGACUUUGUGUACACUGGCAAGUUGAACAGUCUCGAAACAUUUACGGAAAAAUUUGCUGCUCCGAUCACGCAAGGUGGAUAUGCGAAUGCUACGAAGCAGCAGUUACUCACAGCAUACAAAUGCGCUACAGUACUGCGGGAUGCAAUAAGCCCUUUCAUACUUCGAAGAGUGAAGAAAAGUGUUCAGAAAUCUCUCAAUUUACCUGAAAAGAAUGAAAAGGUACUGUUUUGCGAACUGUCAUCAGAACAACGUCAUUUAUAUCUGGAUUACCUAAAGUCACGCGAGUGUGAGAAUAUUUUGAAAGGAAGGCUGGAUGCAUUCGUAGGCUUGACGAUUUUACGAAAACUUUGCAAUCAUCCUGAUCUUAUCACGGGUGGACCAAAUCGUCACGGUAAAUUUUAUCGAUUUAGUGUUUUAGGUGACUUUGACCAAACUGUAGACCCAUCGAAGGCAUUUGGUUUUUGCAAUCGUAGCGGCAAAAUGCGUGUACUACUUCAGCUGUUGGAAUUAUGGCGAGCAACUAAGAGCGAAAAGGUACUGAUUUUUAGCCAGAGUCGCCAAGUGCUUGACAUUCUUGAACGUGGACUUCAAAAUAGCGAGUACUCGUAUCUUCGUAUGGAUGGCAGUACUGCUAUCGCUAGUCGACAGAAAAAAAUCGAGCGCUUUAACGAGGUUGUCAUAUUCGAUCCUGAUUGGAAUCCUUCAACGGACACCCAAGCAAAAGAGAGGUCUUGGCGGAUUGGCCAGGAACGUGCGGUGACGAUUUAUAGGCUACUUUGUGCUGGUACAAUAGAAGAAAAGAUUUAUCAUAGGCAAAUUUUUAAACAGUUCCUCGCUAAUCGAAUUUUGAAAGAUCCUAAGCAACGACAGUUCUUCAAAACAAACGAUCUGCAUGACUUAUUUUCUUUCACUGACGUCCAUAAGGAUGCUUUAACAGAAACAGGCUCUCUGUUUGCGUCAGAGACUGAUGAGAUCCGUUCAGUCAAUUUCUUUAAUUCCGACGAAUACAAGUGCGUAAGUGGAGGUGUAUGUAGGAUGUUUGUAUCAAAAUUUGUCAGAAAUCUUAUAUCAUUCUGUAUUUUUAUGUCAUAG